AUGAGUAUAUAAACAACACUUUAAAAUACUUAAGAAGAGUUAACAAAAUUGUAGAUACUUAUCUAGAAACUAUCAGAAAAAGGCAAUCUAGAUCAAAUUACAGAGGCAAUGAGUCAAAAAGAAUAAAUUGAACUUAAUCUCAACUUGGCUUAUACUUUAUCUUCUAUUUAUUAUAGUAAUAUAUUUACUAUCAUUAUUAUUUAGCUUAUUUAAAAUUAAACUUUGUGGAAACUUCUUCACAUCCAAUUAUGAAUGAAUUAUUAAGAAUAUAAGAGGCUUACCAAAAAUAUUUGCCUUCAUAAAUCAAACAACCUGAUUAGAAAUAGAUGAGUUUAGAUAGAGAAGCUGCAAAAAGAUUUAUAUAACCAAAUUUAAAGAGCUUAGAUGACAACCAAAAUUAUUAAUAAAAACAAAAAAAAUUAAUUGAAGAAGAUAAAAACAAUACUACCAGGCUUGAAUAACCUAUAGAUAUUUGGAAGAAUGAAAAGGAUUAAUAAGAUCAAAAUAAAUAAAAAUUAAUUAGAGGUAAUCUCAUCCCAUAAACAGGUCAUUUGAAAUGGAAAGAUCAAAUUGAAAAAUUAAUGAAAAAAUGA